CUGGCUGUUGGAGCCAUGUCAGAGACACAAAGAAAGCUCACUCAGAAUCCUCUGGAGAAGACCUGGGUGCCAUGGAUGAAAGGCAGGCUGAGCCAACGCAGAGGCUCGUCGGUGCCCCAGUUCACCAACUCCCCGACCAUGAUAGUGAUGGUGGGACUCCCGGCGAGAGGGAAGACCUACAUCUCCAAAAAGCUCACCAGAUACCUGAACUGGAUCGGCGUUACAACUAAAGUGUUCAAUGUUGGGCAGUACAGAAGAGAUGCCACACGUUCCUACAACAGCUUCGAGUUCUUCAGACCCGACAACGCAGAGGCCAUGAAGAUACGCAAGGCCUGUGCCAUCACUGCCCUGAAAGAUGUGUGUGAUUACUUCAACAGAGAGCUGGGGCAGGUUGUGGUUUUUGAUGCCACCAACACGACCUCAGAGCGCAGAGAGGUCAUCCUCAGCUUCGCCAAGGAAAACGGUUACAAGGUUUUCUUUGUGGAGUCGAUAUGUGAUGAUCCAGAAAUCAUCGCUGAGAAUAUUAAACAAGUGAAGCUGAGCAGCCCGGACUAUGUAGACUGUGACAAAGAGGAAGCUGUGGCCGACUUCCUGAAGAGGAUCGAGUGUUACAAGCUGACCUACGUCCCACUGGAUGACAACAAGGACAGGAACUUAUCGUACAUCAAGAUCUUCAACGUGGGCAGCAGAUACCUGGUGAACCGGGUCCAGGACCACAUCCAGAGCAGGAUAGUGUACUACCUCAUGAACAUCCACGUCACCCCGAGGUCCAUCUACCUGUGUCGCCACGGAGAGAGCGAACUCAACCUCGUGGGUCGCAUCGGGGGAGACUCCGGGCUGUCGCCUCGUGGGGCAAAGUUUGCCAGUGCUCUGGGCACGUACAUGCGUGGGCAGUGUAUCAGUGACCUGAAGGUGUGGACGAGCCACAUGAAGAGGACCAUCCAGACUGCAGAGGCUCUGGGAGUCCAGUAUGAACAGUGGAAGGCCCUCAAUGAGAUCGACGCUGGGGUUUGUGAGGACAUGACAUACGAGGAGAUUCAGGAGAAUUACCCAGAGGAGUUUGCACUGAGGGACCAAGACAAGUACCGCUACCGCUACCCGAAAGGAGAGUCGUAUGAGGACCUGGUCCAGCGCCUGGAGCCGGUCAUCAUGGAGCUGGAGAGGCAGGAGAACGUUUUGGUCAUCUGUCACCAGGCUGUUAUGAGAUGUCUGCUGGCCUACUUCCUGGACAAGAGUGCUAAAGAGCUGCCCUACCUGAAGUGUCCUCUCCACACCGUUCUGAAACUCACCCCAGUCGCCUACGGUUGUAAAGUGGAGUCUGUCUUCCUCAACAUUGAAGCUGUUAACACACACAGAGACAAACCAGAGAACGUGGACGUGGACAGAGACCCGGCGGAGGCUUUAGAGACGGUCCCAGACCACAUCUAGAGGAGGGGACGCAACAGGGAGCUGGUUUCAUGGAAAGUGGCCUUUUUUUAAUUUAAGUAAUCAUAGUGUUCAUUGUUGUCGUGGUCGUUGUUGUGAAACGGACAAACUUUAUGAUAUAUGAAAGUGAGACCUUUUUCCUAAUGGCAUUUCCAUUGUAAAUGCACUUUAUAAUGCAGGGCUCAGGCCAAAUGUCUGAUGAUGAUGAUGAUGAUGAUGAUGAAGAAGCUUCCUUUACUGUGAAAAAUGAACUACUGCUGCUGUACACUGGCCAGGAUCACUGUUUGGAUGUUUUUGAACAUUGUCAUGUUUGUCCUCUUCCCUACUACUAAUGCAUUAACCAAUGUAAAACCAAACAGUCCGUUAUUAACCUGCAGUGUCAUCAUGUUCUCUCCAGUAUCCAGACAUCUAGUAAGCAGAUAGGGUUUCUGAGUGGCUGGUUUACACAUACAAACACAUACAAAAGGAAGGAGAGUUUUGUAACAAUGCUGAAUGAAACUUUGAGGAAUAGUUUGACAGUUUUAGAAAUACACUUUUUUAGACGAGAAGAUCAACCACUCUCACUAAUGUCUGUGUGCAAUCUACAGCGAGGAGACAUUUUAAUAUGGGACCUUUAUGGAGAUUGACUCGCUUCUAAAACCUGCAGUUUUUGUUACUUUCAUGCAGCCGAGAAGGUUUCCAACUGUCGAUCAGCAGAACAGGAUGUACAAACAUUGCUCUAUAGCGCUGCUAGUGGUCAAAACAAAAAGAAUCUUUAAUCAGCGUCACCGGGGGGGAGAAAUAGGAAGUACAAUUUUCUUUGUUUUUUUAAGUAUUUUUAAAACUAUGCAUGUUUAAACCCUACUGGAGUUGUCACUCAUAGUGACAACAACUGCAGGAAGUCACUGAUCCCGGCCAAGAAAUAGUCCAGCACAUAACCCUUGUGCACUUUAGUUUCUGUCCAGUUAAAAGAAAACAAGAAGACAGUACAUGUUAGCUUUAGAGGUGCUGGUAGGUUACUGCUGGACGAACCCAGGCUAGCUGUUUCCCUCCAUUUGCAGUCUUUUUGCUAAGCUAAGCUUACCUCCCAGAUUCAUAUUUACCGCACAGACACAAGAGUGGUAUCGAUCUUUUCAUCUCUCCACAAGAAAGCAAAGUGUGGAACUAUUCCUUCAACCCGGCCUAUAAGUGAGUCAUUUUGUAUCAUGUCUCCACAUUCAGAGGUACAUCAUACGAGAAUCCAAAUGACGCUGGUAGUUGGGUUUUUGGGUGGAUGUGGUUGUAUUGUCACAGGAGAGAGAGAGAGAGAGAGAGAGAGAUUGUGCAAACCACACACCCCACAAUCCUUUGAGAGUAAAAGGAGACAUUUGGCACUUUAAACUGCCCAAUACCAUGAUGUGCCUCACAUUAGUCAAAUAUACUGUACAUGAUUACUCUAUGCACGCUCCAUGCACUGACACACACUGGACGCAGAUGCAGGUCCUUGUACAGUGUGUGUACUGUCGUAUAUUUUUAACUGACAUGGGUCAUUUUAAUAAGAUAUAAAAGGUGAUCUGGUGCAGGGUGUCAGUGUUUUUUUAAAUAUGAAAAUAUUUCAAAGAUGACUGGCUGUUUUUGUUGUUUAGUGUAGCUGCUUUGGGAUCAGGAUUACUUGAAGGGGGGUUUAAGGUCAAGAUCCGGGGCCUGUAUCGUAAAGCGAGUUCGACUUAGUGUGGCUCUCUAUGGGUUACCCGGCUCCGCUGAGCCCGACGGCCUGGAUCACUGGUAUCAUGAAGCUGAUUGUUAACUCUGGGUUUACAGAGAAAGGUCUUAAUUAAGAGGUAAAAUCACACCAUAAGUGGAGUGCUUAAGAUAAAUAUUAAAUGUUAUAGUAUAGAAGUAGUGAUAUUCAGCAAAAUGAAAUAUUAGAUAAUCAGAAAACUGGAAAAGAACAAGAUGCUGUAAAAACAGAUAAUAAUAAUAUCCAAAUAUUAAAAGUAAGGCUAAAUAAAUGUGGGAAUUAUUGUAGCAUAUUCAACACAUUUGACAUUAUCAACAUGUGCUUUUACGAAUGUGAUACACAAAAAGAAAAAAAGUCUGAUAAAGUCUAUCUGCAUUUAUAAUUUACUGGGAUACUUUUUAAAUUUCCAAUUAUCACCAGAAAGUCGUCAAAUGUUUGUCUUUAAAGUUUAAAAGCUACCAACACCGUCGGACAUUAAAUUAACUUUUAAAAGCAGCUGUAAAAGUUGUUCAUUCUGUAUUUAAAGUGGUUUUAAACCAGGGUGAACACACAUCGGCUCUCGUUCUUGACCCAGAACCUUGGUGCUAUCUAACGAACCAGCCAGCGUUUCCACCAGUUUUGAGAGGAACCAUUGUAAUCGGAUGUAUCAUCACUAGAGGGCGCUGCACAGCAACCUGCAGAGUAUGACACGCCCACUCUGGUGAAAAUCCUGCUAUUUCUUGGUUUUCAGGUUCCGAAUCAGUUUGUUUAUGAUUGAAAUGCUCCAAGCGGUUAAAAACUAGGUGUGAGCCAGAACAGUUCGGUGUUGGAUGAACAGCCUUUUGUCCCUUGUUGGUCCAGAUUCUGGAGGAAUAACGAGUUUUUCCAGUUAUCUGAUGCUCAGUAGUCGGGCUGCUGACGGGCUUUAAUUUAAAGUUAAUCUGCUAAGGAGCAGCAGCGGUGAUCUGUCGCAUUUAAAAGUGAACCAGCUUCCUGAUACCAGAAAAUGAAGUAAACCCAAAGAUAAUGGGCUGAGCCACUAAUCGGUUUGCGAUACAGGCUGCUGGUGUGUAUUUAUUUACAGUUACUUUGUCACCUGGGGGAGCAAUAGAGAAUACAAUUUUCUCAGGGGAUCUUUUGUUUUUAUUGUUUUUAAAAAGGGAUGCCAGCACGUCAGUGUAAAUAAAUGCAUGUACUACUUUCCACACAAUGUGACGUUCAGAAAACUAUUAUCUACGAUAACGAGUCGUCCCUUUAAACCACAGUUCUUACUGUCAGUGGUAGCAAAUCCAGUGUCAAACCAGUGAACUUGUGCUUUGUUUGGUCGGAUCAAACUGUCUCUAAAGAGGUCACAGCUUCAUCAUACUGCUCUUCUCUUCUGUGUAAAUGUGCAAUUGUGCCUGUGUGUCCUGAGCUCUGUAGUAUGUAGCAACUGGGAUGUCAGAGGUACUAAAUCAGGACCGUCGUCUUGUCCAACAGCAACGAGUACGUGAGAGGAAUGAAUGAAAAGACAAUGUCAAUCAAUGCAAUCACUGAAGUUUAAUCGAUUAGAAAAGAUUUUAUUUUCUGAACUUGAGCAAAUAAACUGUUACGUUAAAGUCCAGGCAAUAAAAUGAAAAUGGAUACCUGA